GGGAGUGAGGACAGUCGUUCUUGUGUCAGUCUUCCUGUUUGCAGCAGCACCAUUACAUUCCUGAGCUGCUUCAUCGUCAUCCAGACACAGAGGAACGGCUCCGUCUGCGCCUGAAAGCAGCAAGCGCUCAGUUUCUGCCACCAUGAGCGUGUCUCAGACUCUGGAGACUGAGGAGGAUCUUCUGACUUGCCUCCGUAUCAAGUUCUACCACCCGCAGCAGAACCAGCGGGGUCUCUAUGGCCUCCUUCCUCUGGGAAGCAGGAGAAGACACCCUGCCGAUGACCCUCUCCGGCUGGGCCGGGACGCCCAGACCUGCUCCUACGGUCUGGUGGACCCUCGGGUUUCCCGCAAGCAGCUGGCCAUCUACGCGUACCGCUCCCCCAACAGUCCGGAAAUGCUGUUCACCAUCCAGAACCUGAGCCAGAGGGGAAAGCUGUCGGUGAACGGUUCGACCCUGGGAUACCUGGAGAGGACGGACGUCCCGGACAAAGCCCUCAUCAGGUUCCUGGAGUACGAGAUGCUGAUCAUCCGGGAGUCGGGAGAGGCCAAGAGCAGCUUCGAGGUGGAGUUUGAGGUGAUGGCGGUUCCUCCAUCCAGAGAGACGUGCACGUUUGAGACUGGAGUCAGACCCAUCAUGGACACGGGCUUGAUGAACAACGCCCCGGCUAUGCUCAGAGAUGUCGGCCCCCAGGAGUCAGAUGAGACUCUGUCCUGUUCCUACUGAAGGGUUACGUCUUUAGGAUGCUCCUGUUGACCACCUGAGUCAAUCGUCUCCACACUGGAUCGAUUGAAAAGCCAGGUGACAAUGUGUAAAUAUUCUGUACUUGUUUUUUUUUUCAUUUAUAUUUGUGUUCAGUCAAAAUUUAAUGAAAUGUUGUGUCUUAACACCUGAAAGGUACUGAAUGGUUUUGCAAACUAAGCUAGCAGAUUAACAUCUCUCCAUCUUCAAAAAUGUUCUGCAAGAUCCAAAGUGAAACAUGCUCAGAGUUAUUUGUGUAGAAGUGAGUCUAUUACUGACAUUUUAUUGUGUUUUUUACUAAAACAAAUGAAAGACGAGGAUUGAAACCCGUCAAAGGUCAUGCUGAAUAAAGUAAAAACAGCUGAUCGAGUG